GGUGCGAAUUGUCUGACAGCUCGCCUUGGUUAUAUUGCUGAGUGUUUUUUUUUAAAUCACCGAAAAUCGACAUGUCACGGAAAGCCAAAGAAGAAUAUUACCGUUUCUUUAGCGUUACCGAAACACGCACACACGAGAAAGGACACACGGAGUACAAAGUGACAGCAAGGUUUGUUUCCAAGCCUUGCCCGGACGAUGUGAAGGAGGUGGUCUUGUGGAAGAGGUAUUCAGAGCUGAAGAAGCUCCACGGCGAGCUGGCCUAUACGCACAGGAACCUGUUCAGACGACAGGAGGAGUUUCCGCCAUUUCCACCAGCACAAGUUUUUGGGAGAUUUGAUGAGGCUGUGAUUGAGGAGAGGAGGAGGGCAGCUGAAACUAUGUUGGUGUUCACUACAAGCAUACCUGCACUCUAUAACAGCCCCCAAAUGAAGGAAUUCUUCAUUGGUGGAGAGGUCACUAGGCCUCAGGACCUUUCCCUUGCAUCGUCCACCGGGCCCCUGCCUCCCCCUCUAAUACCCCUCCCCAAGCAGAGGGCCUCAGACUGUGAGCCAGCAGAGGAGGAGGUGGGGAGGGAGGCACCCACCUUGCCUCAGGACCUGGGCACCAACCUGAGCAUUGCCGUGGGAAAGCCUGAGGUGGCGGUUGAGGCCUACAGCGAGAUGGGAGAUGAUGCAAGAGAAGGGGGUGGAGGAGGAGUGGAGGACAAGUGUAUGGACGCCGAGCUGUGUGAAAAAGUCGCGUCUCUGACAAAGACACACAGAUCACAAGACUCUCAGGAGGAGUCGCUUUUUGACUCGGUGGCAGACAAAGGUGCCUCGUCCCCAAAGGGUGAAGCCCCGCCUCCGCUCUCUGACAGGGACUUGGCCGUCUUUGACCCCUGCUAUAAACCAGACGCAGCACGACACAGCGGCGGCAGUCCCAUGCAGCCCACCACCACAGCUUCAGAAAAUCCUAGAGGAAACCCUGCAUGGACACUCACAACAUACGGUUCUGGACCCUUCGGCGACCAUUCCAAGUUGUUGUCGUUGCCUGCGAGCAGUCUGGAAAAAGAGGCCGCUUAUUUAAACCGAGCUUCUGCCGAGCUGUCAUCUGCCAUGGAGAGGGAGAAGGACGGAGAUGUGAGCGCUGCCAUUUGCAGCUACAGGACGGCGGUGGACAUACUGAUCACUGGAGUGCAGGGCGAUCCAGAUCCAGCACGGAAGGAUUCCGUCAAGAGAAGGAUAGCACAGUAUCUGGAACAUGCUGAGAUGCUGCUGGACAGUCAUACCUCGCCUACUGGACGGGAGUAGGAGAAAAAAACAUCUCAGUAUUGACAUUUGCACAGCUUGUUUGGUCCAAAACAUUCACUGACACUGUAAACACUCCUUAGGUACACACACACACAGACACACACAGACUACUCUAAUAGUCUAUUGGUUUCAUUUCCAAAGAUAACUGUCUUUGAUUUGAAAUUCUUACCUCGUUCUCCGUUUCCAAUAUUUGCAUUUUGCACUAUGUUUUCUUAAUAAAGACCAUUUUGAUUUGAAGGCACAGAGUGCGUUUAUUUACAAGGUGCAGGUCAAGGUAGUACCACUAAGAGGCGCUGUAUCGUGCUAGGUGGUAUGAUGGUAUGGUGUGUGUGGUGUGUAGGAGGUCUGUAUUGGUCACUUUUGUCUCCCAGCGCUCAAUUUGUUAGGUUUGCACCAUUUAAUAACAUGCUGGAGAAAAAAGGUAGCAAAAGUUGGAGGAGUGAAGAUGGAGAGGAGCAAAAUGUACAUUUUAAAAUAGACAAUGUGCAAUAAUUUGGUUUUUUUUGCUCUGUAUCUUUGUUUUUGUUCACUGCUGUUUAUUACUUGAUGAUUCUAUUUUGUAUUUAUGCUGUGCGUGUUGCGCUGCUAUUAUUCCUGUCCCGUAUAAGAUACAUAAGAUGUUGCUGCUACUGGAACCAGAGUUUCACUGAGGGCAUAUGCGCCCAAGGAAUCAAAGUUCUAUCAAAUGUAAAUGUAAUAUAAUCUAAGAAGCAUUUUAGAAACAGCACAGUGACUAGCAGUCCGUCCUUAAAAACAGUAGUGCUCAUGUCAUAUUUCAAUAAUCCAUAAAUGAUCAUACAUUUUGAUAGCAUGAGGUUGUACCUAAUGGUGUGUCCUUUGAGUGUCUCAUCAGCAACCUUCAAUUAAAGCAUGAUGUUGGCUGCUGGAAGUGGAGGUUUUGGUGGAGUGAGAGGAGAGGAGAGGAGCAAGGGAUGAUUGGAAAGAGACGGACGGAUGCAAAGAGCUGACAAGAGAAGAGAAAUAGUGGUGGAAAGGAGAAAAAAGGAGGGAGACGAUUAGAGGAUAAAUAGAGAUCAUCCAUCUAUUGUUGAGGGGAUGGAAAAAGUGACCCUCCCUCUUCCUCCUCCUGUAUUCAUCAAUCUCUUUUCCUGGCACUGUGUGUUUUGAGCACGGAGGGGAUGGAGGGA